AUGAAAUCUGUUUAUAAUCCCUUACUGAUCCUGUCGCUGGUCGUAAUUACUCUCUCCACCAAUGUCGGCGGUAGGCCCGUACAAAAGCCUAUGCCAGCUCCGCACCAUUCAUCACCGCCAGUUGAGGAGAAACCACCCGUUGAUGUGAAACCACCUUCCCAUAAAUCGCCUAAGACACCACAUCCAUCGCCUCCACCACCAACCACUGAGAAACCUAUGCCAUCACCGCCAAAAGAAGGGAAACCACCGGUUGAUGCAAAACCACCUCCCUAUAAAUCGCCUAAGAUACCACAUCAAUCGCCUACUCCGCCACCCACAAGAAGCCUAUGCCAUCACCACCAGUUGAUGUGA